UAAGGUAUCCGUAGACUUAGAGUGCCAGGAUCCAGAUUUCGGCUAUCUCAUGCCGAAUCAGGUCGGGGGUGCCGUAUCUUAUCCAGCAUCAGCUUCGGGCGGGGUUUAGGUUCCUCCUUUGAAUCGCAGCAUCAACUUUCAAGGGUUCGCAAGACAUGGCAUCCGAAAAGCACGUCAUCGAACCAUCUUCGCGAGCCUUAGCGAACUUGGAGUCGGGGGGCUUCAUCGACUUGGAAAAUGAAGCCGGCAAGCUCCCGCAGUAUAGUCCAGCUACGUGCCCGGAUGGAGUCAUUGACCUCUCUAGUGCCAUCAAUGGUCUAAUGGACGAUGUGCUAGCGGAGGAGAUGGAUCAAUUCUCCAAGACUUAUGACUUUGCGAAAGCAACUCGAUACGGGGAUGUUAUGGGACCGAAAGAGCUAGCCAAGGCGAUGAGUAGCUUCAUGAAUCGCUAUUUCGGUCCUUCGCGCCCAGUCACAUCCAAUGACAUUCUUGUCACCAACGGUGUGACCUCCCUCAUAGAUAUGAUGGCAUUUGGCAUGUGCGACCCAGGCGAGGGUAUCAUGGUCAUCACUCCAACUUACAUGAUGUUCCCUCACGAUCUAUGUGCCAGAGCAGGCGUCAGCCUGAUCAAAGUAAACACCGAGCCCAUCGAAAGCCAGUUCGACGAGCAAUUCGCCCCUCUGCUCAUCAAAGCAAUGUCCAGAGCACACGCAGCAGCCCUGAAAGACGGCAUUGUCCCCAAGGCCCUCCUCCUCUGCAACCCGAGUAACCCCUGCGGGAGGACCUACCCACGCACCACGUUAGUCAAUAUUGCCAGAUUCUGCGGGCAGAAGGACAUGCACCUCCUAUCCGACGAGAUCUACGCCAUGUCGACCUUCACCACAGCGGCAGGGACAGAUGGGCAGGCCCUUCCAUCGUUCACCUCCGUGCUGAGUAUACAGGACGACCCACCUCGCGGUGUGUUCGCGGAAAACAUUCACUGUAUGUACGGUGCUAGCAAAGACUUUGGCUGCGGUGGCUUGAGGCUCGGCUUCCUCGUGACCCGGAACGAGCUACUUUGGCGCUCUCUGAGGAGGCUGGUGCUGUUUACAUGGGUCUCGAGUUUCUCGACUGCGUUUUUCACGCACUUCUUGCUCGACGAGGAGGCAGUCGGUAGAUACUUGAAGACGUAUCGGCAACGGCUCGAAGCGCAGUAUAAAGUUACUGCGCAGCUUUUGACGGAGAACGGAAUUCCUUUCGUUCCAGCUAACAGUGGGGUUUUCAUCUUCAUCAAGCUGACGGAUUGGUUGGAUCAUGGAGAAGACCUGACUAAAUUCACCGGGAGCCGCGAUAUGAGACUUUGUCGAUAUCUUUUGCAUGAAGCAGGUGUCUUUCUCAGCCCUGGAGAGCUCUCACUCUCGACUGUCCCGGGCUGCUUCAGACUGGUGUAUACCGACAAACGGGAAGCGAUGCCCAUAGCUAUUAAACGACUAGCAACGGCACUGGGAGAGAUCAAGCAGCGCCCUAGGUCGCAGUCUUCUUGGUCCGCAAUGAGUGGCCUAAACAUCAAGGGUGCCAUGAAUGUGGAAGAGGAUGUGACGAGAGUAUCACGACGGACUUCGAUUGCGCGCUUGUUGCCCCGCCAUAGAGCAUAAUGGCGCCAAGAAAUAUCGCUGUAGAUGAAGAAGAGGCAACGAAGCUAAGGAAAGACAAAAAGAGAGAUUCCAUAUGAA